AGGGGGUCGGUGGGACGGCGGGUGUGCGGGCAGGCGCCGCGGGCAGCUCGCCGCGCAGGGGAGGAGGAAGGCCCCAUCGCCGGAAGAAGGCCCCGCCGUGCCACUGGCGGAGCAGCCGGAGCCGCGAUGCCGCUGUACGAGGGUCUGGGCAGCGGCGGCGAGAAAACCGCCGUGGUGCUGGACCUGGGCGCGGCCUUCACCAAGUGUGGGUUUGCAGGAGAAACAGGACCAAGAUGCAUUAUUCCUAGUGAAAUAAAGAAACCCGAUGUCGCAAAGCCUGUCAAAGUUGUUCAGUACAACAUUAAUACAGAAGAGCUAUAUUCAUAUCUGAAGGAAUUUAUCCAUAUGCUGUAUUUCAGACAUCUGUUGGUGAAUCCCCGAGACCGCCGUGUUGUGAUCAUAGAGUCUGUCCUGUGCCCUUCGCACUUCAGGGACACGCUCACAAGGGUCCUGUUCAAGCAUUUUGAGGUACCUUCCGUUUUGUUUGCCCCAAGUCAUCUCAUGUCCCUCCUGACGCUUGGGAUCAAUUCAGCCAUGGUGCUGGACUGUGGAUAUGCAGAAAGCUUGGUGCUGCCUAUUUACGAGGGAAUUCCGAUUCUGAGCUGCUGGGGUUCUCUGCCUCUGGGAGGAAAGGCGAUCCACAAGGAGCUGGAAUGUCAGCUGUUGGAGAAGUGCACAGUGGACACCGGAUUAGCCAAAGGACAAAGCCUCCCGUCUGUCAUGGGCUCAGUUCCAGAAGACAUAGUAGAGGAUAUAAAAGUCCGCACUUGUUUUGUGAGUGAUCUCCAACGUGGGCUGAAAAUCAAGGCAGCCAAGUUCAACAUUGAUGGCAGUGCUGAGCGUCCUUCACCACCUCCAGACGUGGACUAUCCUUUAGAUGGAGAAAAGAUUCUCCAUGUAGUUGGCUCCAUCAGAGACUCCGUCGUUGAAAUACUGUUUGAACAGGAUAACGAAGAGACAUCGGUUGCCACUUUGAUCUUAGACUCGCUCAUUCAGUGUCCCAUAGACACCAGGAAGCAGCUGGCAGAGAACUUGGUGGUUAUUGGUGGCACCGCGAUGUUGCCAGGAUUCCUUCACAGGCUCAUGGCUGAAAUCAGAUACCUGGUAGAGAAACCGAAAUACAAAGAAGCGCUUGCUACUAAAACCUUCCGAAUUCACACUCCGCCUGCCAAACCCAACUGUGUGGCCUGGCUGGGAGGAGCAAUUUUUGGAGCGCUUCAGGACAUACUUGGGAGCAGGUCUGUGUCCAAGGAAUAUUACAGCCAGACCGGCCGUAUACCUGACUGGUGCUGUCUUAAUAAUCCUCCACUGGAAAUGAUGUUUGAUGUCGGAAAAGCACCCCCACCGCUGAUGAAGAGGGCUUUUUCUACUGAGAAAUAAGCUUCUCAAUGCUACACAACCAUUCCCUUCAUCUGUUUCAAGUAGAUAUAUAUGCAUUGGCGCUGUUGUUUUUUUUUAUUAAGUAACUUGUGUGUAACACUUAAAUAUGAAAAAUAUGGAUGUUUUGGAGGAGUAUGGUGGUAGGUACUAACACGGUUUAAAACCAUGACCAGUUAUACUUUAAAAGCUUAACUCUGGCAAGUCCUAUGCUGUUUUGUCCUCUUCUGAAGAAAUUCUGUGCCAUCAUGAGUUAUAGUCUACUGAGUUGUUCCUUAUUUAUAUGUACAGUAAACGGCAUUGUUGAGACAA